CUCGAUCACAUGAUCAGUGUUUUCAAAGAAAGCUUGUAUCCAUUCAGCCGGACGCGGCCGAGAUCCUGCGCUUUAUCACUAGUCUUAAGGUUGCAGUGACCUGUUAUCUGUGAGAAGUCAUGAGACUUGUGAUUCUGGACGACUAUGAUCUGGCCAGCGAAUGGGCUGCAAAGUACAUCCGCAACCGGAUCAUCCAGUUCAAACCCACUGCUGACCGCUACUUCACUUUAGGACUUCCAACAGGUAGCACACCCCUCGGCUGCUAUAGAAAGCUGAUCGAAUACCACAAGAAUGGAGACCUGUCCUUCAAAUACGUGAAGACCUUUAACAUGGAUGAAUAUGUGGGUCUGCCCAGGGAUCAUCCCGAGAGCUAUCACUCCUACAUGUGGAAUAACUUCUUUAAGCACAUUGACAUCGAACCCCAGAACACCCAUAUACUGGACGGCAACACCAGCGAUCUGCAGGCCGAGUGUGAAGCCUUUGAGCGGAAAAUUACUGCUGCUGGUGGAAUUGAGCUGUUUGUGGGAGGCAUUGGUCCAGAUGGGCACAUCGCCUUUAAUGAGCCCGGCUCCAGUCUUGUGUCCAGGACCAGAGUGAAGACCCUGGCCAAAGACACCAUAGUAGCCAAUGCUCGUUUCUUUGGGAACAAUCUUUCCAAAGUGCCCACCAUGACUCUCACUGUUGGAGUAGGAACAGUGAUGGAUGCCAGAGAGGUCAUGAUUCUGAUCACAGGGGCUCAUAAGGCCUUUGCCCUGUAUAAAGCCAUCGAGGAAGGUGUGAACCACAUGUGGACGGUGUCUGCCUUCCAGCAGCAUCCACGAACUAUUUUUGUUUGCGAUGAAGAUGCGACACUGGAACUCAGGGUCAAAACUGUGAAGUAUUUUAAAGGGCUGAUGCACGUCCACAAUCAGCUAGUUGAGCCGAUGCUCAGCAUGAAGGACUACAUGGACUGAACACGCCAGACGGGACGUCUGGAAAAACGGCAGAAAAAUUGGAAUGACAUCAGUGUGAAUGAGUGGAAACUGGCCUCAGGGACCACAGCAGUUUUGAAUGGUCAUAAAGUGUAACAGGUAGAUGUUGUACAAAACACCUCUGCCUUCCCAUGGUGCCAUGUUCACGCACUCCAACUGAAUCUCUGUAUUAGCCUUUAUAAUUCACUUUUAAACUACUUUAAGGCCAGUAUUAACAGGGAAAGACAAUGGUUUAGGGAAAUUAUACUAAGAAACACUCUUACUUUAACCCUUUCAGCUGAUGUUUACUGUUUUAGAUAACACUAUCACACUCCUUCACAUCACUAAUGAAAGAAAACAUCUGUUACAACCCAUUCUGAGAAAGCGUAUAUAUCAGUUUUUCUGUACUGUAGUUUAAUCAGGAAAUAUUGAAUGUCUGCAUUUCAAGCCGAGCAUCUGUUUUCACUGAUGGUCAAUUUUUUAUUAACACACUAUAACCCACAGCUACUUAAAGUUAGUUGACUUGAAUGUGGAUUUUUACUACGAGGCAACUUAUUGAAAGUGUUUUUUUUUUUUUUUUUAGAAUAUUUUUGUUUAGAUGUUACGUAAAUACACUUUAAAGUCUCUUCCCUAAAUUCUCCAAAUUUAGGAUCUCUCCCUAUACAUAUGAAACCUCCAGGUUUUAUGAUACCCAAUCAUUUGUAGUGUCUUAUAUGCUGAUAAACACAAGUUAACAGGAAGCUGAUCUGUGAUCAGAAUUUCCUACUAAGUACAUGUAAUUUUUAUACAAUUUACAUUUACAUUUUCUUGCCUUUGAAUGAAUCCAGGUUACUUGCAGCAUGUGAAACCGGUGGAAAAUGCUGGAAAAGUGUAUUUCAUGUUUGCUUUAUUCAUAUAUUAAAAGGCUUUUAUUGGCACAUCUGAAUAGAGAAGUGUGUGAAUGUUUUUGAAGUUAACUAAUUUCACACAUGAUGUGUAGUACCCAUGUAUUCUCUUUAGUUACCGUUCUUUGUGAUAAACAGGCUGUUUAAUUUCUUAAAACUACAGUAUAAGGCACAAGUCUGACAUUUUUCUUGUAUUGUAAAACACACUUUUGUUUCAUUGCUUUCUGAAUAAGUCUCUGAGUUUUUGGUGUUUCUAAUCCCUCCUGUACUGUACUUUAGUGAAUGGUUUUGGAAGAAGAGUAUACUUUUUUAUGGUUUUACAAAUUUGUUUGAAGAUUAUGUGAGCUGACUGUUAACAGAUUUGCACGCCAAAAACCAAAUCAUCCUCUUGUGUCUUUCUGUACUUGCUCAUGGAUGGAUAAAUAAAAGAAAGUUUCAUUUA